UGUGCAUGUUGUGCGUGGUGAAUGCUAUGGCUGCUAUGGCCGCAGUGGUGAAGCCUUGCCUUCUGUUGUCCUUGAUGCUGCCUGCAGCUGCGCAGCGUUUCGCUUCCUUCGAUGCAGCUACAGCCUCGAGCAUCUACUCUUCCAAGACCUUCGGAGCCGAGCUUGCAACCACGGAGUCUUCGGGGUAUUGGUGCAGCGCGGGGAACCACGAGCCGGGCCAGACCGUGUCCUGGACUGGCACCUUCAGAUCACGGAGACAGCUACUUGGCCUCACUUUGCGAUGGAGCUAUGCUCCAGGAGAGAUCAAGGUUCUCACUAGCGCAGACGGUGGCAACUUUCAGGAGAGUGUCGGCUGGAGCAAGCUAUCAAGAUCGGAGCCCAGCUUCGAGGACACUGUCUUGUUCCCGGAGCCAGUGACUGCGAAAGCUGUCAAAGUGCUAAUGCGUGGCGCGAAGCCUUGGGGAUACUUCGGGCUGUCCAAUGCAGUUGCGAUGUCGGGGCCAUCCGCUUACAUGCUCGUGAGCGGUGCUCCAGCAGCCCAAGAGCAAUGCCUUGUCGCAGCUGGCGGUGGUGUGGAAGCAAAGCCCUGCGUCGAUGCCAUUGUGGCUGGCACAGGUGCCGAGGUGUUCUCCAGCAGUGUGGAAGGGCAACUACAGACGUUGGGCGGAAGUUGCUUGGGAGUUGUGGCCGGCAAGGUGUCUUUGGUGGAAUGCCGAGAAGGGCAAGGAAGUUGGGUAGUCAGCCAGGACGGGCAAGUCAAGCAAGGCAACACUUGCUUGGUGGUGGCUGGAUCGAAGGUUGCAGCCGCUGACUGCGAUGAUGCCUCCAGCACAGGUGGCGACAAGUUCUUCCAGGUGGCAGUUCCAGAGCAUGACCCUGCGGCUGUGCUUGCGGUGCAGGAGGUGGGAAUGCUGUUGCGUGCUAGCGUGGCAAGGCAGCGAAGUUUGGUGAAGUCCCUGCAGCAUCUCGCUCCAAAGCUUGGGUCUUGCAGGCCUGUGAGCCUGGUCGCAAGCAAGACUUGGCCAGCCUUCGUGCAGUUCGGCACAGUCGGGUCAUCUGCUGGGCGUGCAGCGCUCGACGAGUCGCUGCCGGUCAAGGUCGCUGACACGUUUGGUCCUGGCAGGGCAGCGCUCGCGUCAGUGCUUGCGGCGUCUUCGGACACCCUCAAGCUUGUUUGCUUUGGUUUUGUGUUCCACAAAAGUGGCACUGAUAAGUUGAACCGAGCUUUGUUGGACCUUCUGGCCAACUUUGACAGACCUACGUCCGACCAAUGCGGAGACUCGUGUGCCCCUGCAGCGGCAUUGCAGCCUACUGGGCCUGUCUAUCAAGGAUCGCGCAGAAGACGGAUCGACUUCGCGAUUCAGCAUGCUCAGCUCCCGGCUCAGACGGUCGCUCAUCAUGAGGGCCCUUCAGAUCACUUGGUUGUUGCUUACACUUACGACGUGGCUCCCUUGAUGAGACGUGGGCCCCGCCGCCGCGUGAUACGAUCGGACGUCACUAAGGAGCAGGCGGCUGCAAGUUUUGCAGAGUGGUCCCCGGUGGCCUUGCAGGCUGCCUUAGAGGACUGCGAUGUCGAGACUGCCUGGGCUUUGCUUUCUGAUAGUGCCGAGGACGCCCUGUGUGAUCCUGAUGAGUGUGCAGUUAGGCGGUCUGAGCACUGGCAUCCCCAAGCCCCUAGCCUUACCCCUAAAUCCAGCAAGAGGCCCGAGCGCUCCCCAGGCUUGCGAGCUCUGCUCCGUCUCCACUCUCGCCUUCAGACUGCAGUGGCGUCGCCACACCACCGACAACUCCAGCAGUGCAUUUGGAAGUCUUUGCGAGGUGUGCGUCAGCUGGUGCCCGAGCUGCCUUACUUCACCGUGAUCGAUCAAGCCAUGCUGACUGUUGUGUCGGACCUGGUUACAGCUUACGUGGAUGCCGAGCGGAAAACCUCCAAGGCACAGUGGAGACACCGCGUCCGUAGUGACAUCACGGCGGCCCGAAGCUACAUCAAGAAGCGGACGGACGCCAUCCUUCAAUGGGAACACGAGCAAGCCAGUGCCAUGGCCCCGCGGACUGGCCGACACCCUGCUGUUGAAGUUGAUCGUCAGGCCGCCAUCUGGCAUCAAACCUGGCGCUCCCGACCUGGCUCUCGAGCUGCCCUUGACCCGAUCUUGGCGGCUACCCCGAGGCCAGAAAGCACCGACGCUGUGUUUGACAUCACAGCGGCGGCGCUGAAGGCCGCGACAGGCACCAUGCAUGCCAAAGCUCCUGGCCCAGACUCGUGGCCUGCGUCAGCUCUGGUCUUGAUGCCAGACUCUUGGUGGGAGUGCGCCGCAGCCCUCUGGCGCUGCGUCUUGCAAACCGGCCGCAUCCCUCGUGCCUGGACCCGCGGACGGACCAGCCUCCUCUGGAAAGCCUCCGGCAAAUCGCGCCCGAUAACUGUGCUCCCCAUUCUUUGGCGGGCCGGAGCCAAGUUGAUCAAUGAGCAGCUGGCAGGAUGGUGCAUGUCGUGGCGCACCGCUCGAGACACAGGCGGUUUGCCGGGAACCAGUGUGGCUGCAGCUUUACAACAACUCCAUUUUGAGACCCAGCAAGGCUUCCGAGCCGUCGCUCAACAAGACAUCGCCAGCUUUUUCGACAGCCUGGAGUAUGGCGCUACUGAGGCAAUCUUGACCCAUCUCAAGGCGCCUCCGGAGCUCGUCCGCCUUUUCACGAACGCAUGUGCGCAAUCUCAACGCAUUUUUGCGCUGGAAGGAGCGCUAAGCAAAGACUGGUAUCGACCUACCAGAGGACUUCCUCAGGGUUGUCCUCUCAGCCCGCUAAUAGCGGCGGCCGUCACACACGUGUGGGCAUGCCACGUCCUUGGCGUCGAGGAUCAAGUCGACAGGCCCAUCACAGGCUACGGCUAUGUCGAUGACCGGGUCCUACUGCUCAGGCGUCAUGGAUCCUUCCAGGACCUCGCUCUGGCUGUGGAGCGUUCGAACCAGUUUGACCGGGCCAUGCAACUUGAGGUUUCGUUGCCCAAAUGUGCCAUCAUUGCUGAGGCGUCGUGUCAGGAGGCUGCUGCUCUUGCUAGGACUCUCGGCUACAAGCACUUGCAGGAUCUGGAAACCUUAGGUGUGGUGGUCCCUCAGCACGGCCCUUGGCGGCUCCUGAAGUUCUCACUUCGCAAACUGCAGGUUCGGCUUCAACUUCUUCGAUCUCUAGGGCUGCCUAACAGAACGAUUGGGCUCCUGCUGCGCUCGCUAAUUGUGCCAUGCUUCACGUGGGCUGCUGCCUACGCUGCACCGGACGCGGCGGAGCUGACUGCCAUCAGACAGGAGAUCAACCACAUGACUGCUCGAUUCUCCACUUUUGGUUGUGCGAGGGUCCUGCUUCAUGAGACGAUUGGGUGGUUCUUGGACCCCCAAUUCUGCUUGGAUGUGGCCACCCUGCGGGCCUACUGGCGCUCUGUCGUGCAGCCGAUGGAUUGGACUGAGGCCCUUCCUCUGUCGGAGCUGCAAGGCUAUGUGAUCAAGGCACUGCCCAUGCUGGAGCCGACGCUGCAACGCUUGCAGUGGGCACUCUCUGCCGACACUAAGGUGCUUCAAUGUUGGGAUGUUGAGGGUUCCCUUAGGUUGCUGCAUGUGGGUUACGAGUCUUUCCAGGUCCUGCUGCAAUGGCUCAGGCACCACUACCGUCGACUCUAUGUGGGUCGUGCAGGCCGCGUGUGGCGACCCAACCGCAGGACUGAUGAUGAUGCUGCAGCUGUGGGACUGCGACUUCCACCGCCCUCGCGUGACGCUCAAUUCGCUUUCGGAGGCCACCGUGAGUGCUUCCGGGCUCGGGCUGCGGGCAGUGACCGAGAGUUGCUCCUCGCCUCCAUUGGCGCGGGGGCUUCCAAUUGGCACUACAAUGCAGGCGGCAACUUUAACAGCGAUCAUGCUCGACAUAAGUGUGCGUGUGGUGGCACCCACCCCAGCAGGCCUCACCUCGCGUGGUCAUGUACGCAUUUUCAGGCGAUGCGGGCCGACAUUCAGCCCCCGGCUCACACUGCUCAGGAGCGACUCUUCGCCAUGGAGGUGGGGUGUUACCCGGCAGCUCCGCCGGCCAUCGACCUUCAGGAUUUCAAGGAGCACCUCGUGGAGCUCCUCGGCACCUUCGCAGACGAGCAGGACCUCUUCGUAGCCACGGACGGCUCCAGCAAGGAUGGCGUGGGCUCCUCGGGCAUUGCUGUUCAGCAUCCUGACUCGGUAGCUGCUUUCGGCGAUGGGCUGGAGGAUCAGAGCCCGUACAGGAUGGAGGUUCUCGCGCUUGCGUUGGCCCUCGAGGCGAUUGACAUUGGCGGGGUCCCAAGGUACGGUGGCGCGGCGAUUCGGGCGAUCCAGGGCGAGCAGGGCUUCGACUACGCUCUCCUGCUCGACACGAUUCGGCGUUACAUCAAAAGGGGUUUCGCGACGGCAAGUUGGAAGUCGAGUUUGUCUGGACACCGUCCCAUGGCAAACAGCCCACCUGGGCACUUCAUGGCGGCCUGUGCGUCACGCAGCUCCGUGCUCUCAAUGAGGCUGCGGACAAAGCGGCACAGGCAUCGAUGGAACGACGUUGGACGGGCUCUCGCCGGCAUGCCUAUGCACAACGAGCACGUCAUGCACAACAGCCAUCGCGACCACGCCAAGGCCUACCGAGACUACUUGCACACCCUGGGCACACCAUCGGGUGAGCUUUGA